AUGGCUGGCGAGCAGCGCGAGAAAUGGUCCAACAAGAUCGAGUUCAUCCUCUCCUCCGUCGGCCUGUCCGUCGGCCUGGGCAACGUCUGGCGCUUUCCCUACGUGGCCUUCGAGAACGGCGGAGGCGCUUUCAUGGUGCCGUAUAUUGUCCUCAUGCUCCUGCUGGGUCGUCCCAUGUACUACCUGGAGCUCGUCCUGGGUCAAUUCGCCAGCGAAUCACAGGCUCGCGCCUUCGGAGGAUUCCCCCUUGCCAAGGGCGUGGGUUGGGCCAUGGUGUACGCGUGCGCGUUCAUCAGUCUGUACUACAACGUGCUGCUGGGAUACGGGCUGCUCUACCUGAUCUACUCCUUCCACGAGACGCUGCCCUGGGCGAGCUGCGACUACUCCGACUGGGCCGACAGCGACUGUUACAACCCUUCACCGGGCGUAGUGCCUUGUCGGACGGUCGAGCCUCGUUUGCUGAGGCUGUACGCCGAAGCGAACUACACGGGUCCCGACGCGCACGCGAUCCACCACGGAGCCCAGGUGGUGCUCGUGCCGAGGCAGGCGUACGAGCUCCUCGCCAACAGCUGCACUACGGCCACCCAGACGGCGCCCGAGCAGUUCUUCUAUCGCAACGUGCUUGGGUUGAGCAGUGGCAUCGAGGAGCUGGGCUCGCUACAGCCUCGACUGGCCGGCGCCCUGGUGGUGUCGUGGCUGUGCGUGUACCUGUGCGUCUUCAAGGGAAUCAAGACGUCGGGAAAAGCUGUCUACGUGACGUCACUGGCUCCCUUUCUCAUCCUGGGCAUGCUGUUCGUGCGCGGCAUCACACUUCCGGGAGCUGCGGACGGGAUCCGUUUCUACCUGGUGCCCGACUGGUCCAGCAUCUUGCGCGCAAAGGUGUGGAAGAAUGCCGCGGAGCAGAUCUUCUACUCGCUAAGCCUCGCUGAAGGCAUGAUCAUCUGCUUCGGAGGAUUCAACGAAUUCAAGAACCGCCUUCACGAGGACGUGCUGGUGGUGGCAUUGGCCGAUUUCAUAGUGAGCAUGAUGGGCGGCAUGGUCGUCUUUGCGGUGCUCGGAAACAUGGCGUACAACAUGGAGGUGCCCGUCACCGACGUCGUCUCUUCCGGCGUCGGACUGGCGUUCAUCGCUUACCCACAGGCGCUGAGCAGGAUCGCUUACCCGCAAUUCUGGUCGGCCGCCUUCUACGCUAUGCUCUUCUUCCUUGCCAUUGACACAGAGGAACCACAUUGGCUGUUUUCCAAUCCCUUGGAAUAA